GAUUCUGGCGCCUCACAGGCGCAGGAGAAAGGAAAUGAGAAGGAGCACAGCAUUUACACGGCACCAAGGACAGCACUGGAUUCAGCACCAUGGACAGCUCUGAGCAGGGAAACUAGGCCAAACCAGAGAUGUUUGUAGACAGACUGGGAUGGGGACUUUAGACUACCUGAAGGAGCCAAGCUUUACUGUGGAUUUCAUCACAUCGUCUUUGCUUUUCAUCUUUUGUGAUUUCCUGGGGUUUUCAGAAGAUUCUCCUCUAAAUAUAUACCAGGAGUUCCUAUGAUUCCGUGCUUCUCGUCUCUUUGCAGAGUGGGUGGAUCCAGAUACAUUGCACGUUUCUGCCUAUAGCCCAGUAGAGCAGCUUGAACGCCCCCCCCCCCCCCCCUCCCGGUGGAAUUUCAGUUUUUUGUCAGUUUGUGUGUGUGCUGUUUGAAUGAAGAAAAACCGUGGGAAAACAACCAGAAGCAAUGAUGCCGUCAUUAUAAAAAGAAAUUAUAAAAAGAAAUUAUAAAAAAUUAUAAGAAAUUUUAUAAAAAAUAAAAAGAAAUUAUAUCAUUUUUCCAUUGGUAGAGGCAGAGCAGGUCAUCUUUAACUAAAAAGAAAUCUCUAAUUAAUAAGUCGUCAGAAUUAAGCAAACAGCUCCUGCCACUGGAGUACCGGUGAUCGAAACACGAUUUGGAGUCAUUUUCUGUAACCCAAAGCAGAUUUCGUACGUCGAGGCGGGAGGAAGCAAAAAAAUAAAAAAUAAAAUCAGUGAGUCAACAGCUGGAGCUAAAAACAAACAGACCGCCUUCCUCACAGCAAACCGAUGCGUUCCUUGAAUAAUUCGAAUAAUAAGAGCUGGCUCUAACAUAUUUUGGAGCUUUAUAUUUUAUAUAUAAUUUUUUUAGGUGGCUGGCUUUAAUUAAACAUAUUCAGAGAGCCAGCCAUUAUGGACGUUUUGAUGAUGGUGUUUCCGCACCCUGGCUGCUAAACAUAGAGAAUCUUUUUUUAGGAGAAGGAAACACAGCAGGACGUUAGGACCAAAGAAGGGGGGAUUAGCGCAGCUGGAACGCAACGUAGCUGUCAUUUCAGGGAGACACGAGCGGCUGGAGACGCGCAGAGCUGAGGCGCAAUGUGGCACCGCCGUCACCCUGCGCUGACGGAGCGUGGGCAGGAAUGGUGAGAACCGAUUUUUGAUGCGUGAAAUAGAAAGUGAUCUGCCAGCUUUCCCACCUUGCCGCCCAUUGCUUUGAGCCUCAACUAAGCGAACCGCAGAUCCCAAAAAAUGUUCCCCUUUUUCAUAAUCACGCAAAUAAUCUGCAUCUAGAUUUGUGUUCUAUGCGUUUUUUAUGCUUGGCUGCUCAACUCCACGAUCUCUCCAAGUCUCGCGGGAUAUUAAGGAAAUAAAGGGUGAAUCUCAAAAAGCAAAAGAAGAGGCAAAAAGAAAAGAGAUUAAGGGACCCAGGAGCCGCCUAUAUGAAGAUGCUGAUGUGUGACCGCGGCAUCCAGAUGCUCGUGACGACGGUGGGUGCGUUCGCCGCCUUCAGCCUCAUGACCAUCGCCGUCGGCACGGACUAUUGGCUGUACUCGCGCGGGGUCUGCCGCGUGAAGAGCAGCGGCGACAAUGACACGAGCCGCAAGAACGAAGAGGUGAUGACGCACUCCGGCCUCUGGCGAACCUGCUGUCUGGAAGGAACCUUCAGAGGCGUUUGUAAGAAGAUUGACCAUUUUCCAGAAGAUGCCGACUAUGAAGCAGAUGCCGCAGAGUAUCUCCUCCGUGCGGUGCGUGCCUCCAGCAUCUUUCCCAUCAUGAGUGUGGGCCUGCUCUUUCUGGGGGGGCUCUGUGUGGCUGCCAGUGAGUUUUACAGGAGCAGACACAAUGUCAUCCUUAGUGCAGGAAUCUUCUUUGUAUCUGCAGGCCUUAGCAACAUUAUUGGAAUUAUUGUCUACAUCUCAGCAAAUUCCGGGGAUCCAGGUCAAAGUGACAGUAAGAAGUCCUACUCCUAUGGCUGGUCUUUCUACUUUGGGGCCCUCUCAUUCAUUAUGGCAGAAAUGGUGGGCGUUCUGGCUGUGCACAUGUUCAUAGAGAAGCACCGCAAACUGCGGGCCAAGUCCCGUACUGAGCUCAUCAAGAAGUCUGCCUUUAGCCGCAUUCCUUCCUAUCGCUACCGCUUCCGGCGCCGCUCCAGUUUCCGCUCCUCUGAGGCCCCCAGCCGAGAUGUGUCACCACUGGGCAAAGGGGGCUACACGGGGCCGGCUGCCUCGGAGAUGCCAAUGUACACGCUGAACCCACGGGAAGCUGGUAACGCAGGCACCAAAGCGUGCAUGGGAGGGCUGCUCAACUCUGAGCGGGAGUUCCUUCAGAGCAGCACACUUGCCAAAGACUACAACAAGGACCCCAACCGGAGGACCACACCCGUCUGAGAGGUUCUGGCUGUAGAUAUCACCCAGUUAGAGUAGCAAAGAUGAAGAUGAAGGAAAAAUCUGUGGGGAUGCAAUUAAAAAUUGGGGCAGGGUUAUGGGGUGCGGGAAGACGUCUGACAAACCACAACUGUGAACUUUUAGCCUUUGAACUGUGAAUCCUGAGCCCUGUGUGAGUUUAAGUGUGUGUUGCAGGCUUUGCUUUGAAGGAGAAGUUGUUCCCAACUCCACUAUCACAUAUUACUGUAGCUGUAGCCGUAACUCCCUAUGUAAGAUGGCACAUUAGGUGUAAAAAUUAAUAUUUAUGACUUUUUCAUAAGGAGCAAAAAGACUAACCAAAAAAAUAAAUUUAAAAAGAGCAUAUUGUGAGUGGUUUGUCGUUGGGUCAACUUCUUCUAAAAAAGAAAAAAAAAGAAAAAAUGUGAGGAGAAGACAAGAGAGACGGCAUAUUUUGUGUGAUUUGUGGUCUUUUGACUUCUCUACUAUUGACUUUUUUUUGCUAGCAGCAGAGUUUGAUCAAUGAAGGUAACAGCCUUAGAUCUUCAUGCUGACUCUCUGAUUACAAUACUUUUUAAAAGUGAGGAAGUUAACCACCUUAACAUAGGUUAGGAGCCACUAUGGUGAGGAAUUUAUCAAGUUUGGGGCACUAGUUAUCAUUUUUCCAAUAUUUGUUGUAUAUAUAGUUGGCUUUCAUGCUGAUUUUCAUCUCUGAACUGAAAAUGAAGCUCAUUCCUUAUAAGAUUUUACCUCCACCUGUCAAACCUCAAGCUAGGCUCACAUCGCCCUCUGCAACACGCAAUCCAACGCCAACUUCCAAUGAAAAGUAUAUGUAAACAUGCUUAAACGAGCAUUUCAGGCUCAAUAGUCUCCUGUUUAUGCAUAGCUACGCACAUUAUAAUGACUGUUUUCAGGCUCAGUGUACAAAACGCUUGGCCAAUGAAAGUUAAACCAGAUCAAAAGGUCAAACUUUGACCAAUCAGGGAUUUAGAUUUGGUGGUGAGGUAUGGAUUUGGUUUACCUGGUGAACGCAGACACACCAACGAGGCUGACGAUAUCUGUGUUGUUGUUGUUUUUUUCUCAAAUAAAGAGGUCAUUCUUCUAAAAUAUUGGUAAUCCAUAUCCACCAUUGCAAAGACGCAAGCAAUGACCUGAACUGUUUCCAUUGAAAGAUUUACACCACUUUAACAUAUCGCUCCGAGCCUCUUUCAGUUAUAAGUGGCUGACAUGUGGUUGCAAACAGUAGAAAAAGAAUAAUAAGGCUUUUCCAGCGUGUACACAGUGCGUUCUUGUUCUCGUGUCAAACGGCUGAUGUGUAUCCCGCUUUAGACUUGACCUGGUGGAGGUUCUGACUUAACAUGAGACAAGGCAAAACUGAUCAAUCACUUUGAGGCAGUAAUGUCUGAUGCAUUGGUGCUUCCUUAAAACUGGGGGGGGGGGUCUCUUUUUCCAGAUUCUGUUACUUUUUAUCUGAAACUUGAGAGGAUGAUCUAUAUAGCUUUCAGCUUUCACGAAUCACCUUUCGCCUUCCACGUCUGUGGCUUCAUCUCAUCCUGCACCCACCCCCACACCUUCGCUCAUCCUUCCACCCCACCCCCCAUUGGAUAACCAGCCAGAUUUAGGUCCUGUCUUCCAUUGGUGUCACUUCAAGACCAAGGUUUCCUGAAGGUUUAGGGUAUGGAGAAGUGACCGCUAAGCUGUGAUGAUGGUUUAGGGUACGGAGGAGAGACCGCUUACCUGUGAAUACUGUACUGUGAAAGGUGGUGCCAAAAAAAGAAAAUACACUCAACAAAAUCUAGAAGGUGGACUAUUCCUGUUUGCCCACUACCUCUUGAUGAUUAUGUUUUAGAUGAAUUUAAUACAAAGUUGUCUUUGCUUGUCAGAAUGACUGUCAAACGUUAGGCUGCAGAAAUAAAAUGGACAAAAAUGCUCACUCCAGUCUAAGAGCACAUCUCUGCAACUAUCCGUUUGACCUUGUCACACAGUUGAAAGAUAAGUGGAAAGUGGAGUGGAAAAAUACAUUAACAACAUUCAAAGCAUUUGCUCCACCUAUCAUCUAUACUGUCUCUGCAGAAAUAUUAACACACAUGCAGAGCAUGAGCCUGAACAGAAGGUGACACUCAGAUAGUUAGGCUCCUAUUUGAUUGGCUCAUGUCGCAGCAUCUAUUUCUUAAGGUGUUCUAUGCAGGUGCAGAGAAUUCCUGCAAUAAUCUUGGCAACGUGCAUUUUUUGUGUGGUACACUGGAAAAUGUACUAUUAAAUGGUGCGGAAAAUGUAGAAUAGUUUCCUUCAGUAGUCAUACAGAGCAGUGAGAUAAAUAUGUCAUUACAUAACUGCUACAACUUUCACAGGAUUUUCAAAUUUUAUUUCACCGCUAUGUAAAAUUUUGAAAAUUAGAAGAUGCACAAUUAAAGAUUAUAUUUAAAAAAAGGCAAAAAUUACUUUUUUUGUUUUUUUUCUUUUUUACCAAAACUGGCUAUCGUGCAUAUAAGUGUGCACAAGUAUAUGAAGCAGGGCUCUGCAAACUUUAAAGCUAAAUUAAGAAAUACUGAUGAACUCUGACUUAUUUGAAAAUUUUCCAUUUAAUUUUUUCGUUAAGUAUAAUAAAAGAUUAUAAAUUGCAAUAUUAUGAGCAAAAGAUGAAAAGUUUUAAUUGUAAAAAUUGAAAAAGUGAACCUUAGCAGAUCAAUAAUCAUCAAAUAUUUUUUCAAAUUUGAACUGAAAUAAUUUAACAUCCACCAACACAAGUUUCAGAAGUCAGAAUGCAGUCAAUGGCGGGAACCAUCUCCAGAGUUCUAAACACACUACAUCACCCAGCAACCCCAGGACACAGUUUCUGGAUGCCACACACCUGACUUUCAUUUGCAAUCACUCACAGUAUACUUAUGCACUGCGAUGAGCCUCACUCUGUGCAAAGUACUGUUUGUGCAACUGCCUGGAUUACUGAGUGUUAUAUCCAGAACUAGUGAUGGGGCAUCAUUUCAGCACACCAAGUUAAGAACCUCUGCUGAUAUACUUAUUACAUUUCAUCUAAACACAAUAUUUGUCAAUGUACUUCCUCAUUCCCAUGUCUUGCUCUAUAAUGCCCCAGCAUUGAAGAGGUGCUUUUAAGUUUGACAGUUCUGCUGAAAGAAUGCGACGUUGAACCUGCAAAACAUAAAAUGAUUAAUUUCAAAUAAGAGUCAGAUUGAAAUGGAAUUGUUUUCUGCUAGAUUAAGCGGGAAACCGAGAGGAAUAGGAGAAACAAAAAGCCAAAAACACUAUUAAAACUAUUAAACAAUUCCAGAAACCUCAAUAAAAACACCACAUUCCACACCUUUGGGAAAGACUCAGUAAAAUGAAACGUCAAACAAAGGUGGUGGGGAAAACGGGGCGCACGAGCGCGAGAAUCGUUGGACAGCUGGGAGCUGGGCGCGCUUCCGAGGCAUAAAACAUUUUCUUUUUCCCCCUACACUGUUAAACUCACCGCUGGACUAAUUUAGCAACCAAGUGACAGUAAUGUAGCCAAGAAGAGCCGUUAAUUUUUCAAAAUAAAAGAUAGCUUAGAGACUCAUAAUAAAACGGGAUAAAACCCACUAAAUUGACGCGAAAACCUCCCAAAACAAAUUUUCUCAUCAAAAUAAAAAUCAAACCCACUCAAUUGGGUGGAAAACCGCAUAAUCUGGCAACACUGCUGGUAGAUGCGCUUCUUUGUUUGGCUCAUCUGUGACACACCGACACAGUGGCUGUUUUGGUCAUGUGACUUCCCCCGAAGUGAUACGCGCACUCACACGGGGUUUCACUUUAUGAGCUUGACACGUGAGCCGACGCAUCGGUGUUGCCAGACCCAUCACUAACCAGACCUGAUCUUCUGAUUUCCUGACCCUAUUUUGUCUCUGACUGUGUUUGCCUGCCACCUGCCCCGAAUCUCGCCUGGAUAUUGACUACACCAGUCCUGUCUCUGAUGCUCCCAUGCUCAUAAUUGACCCCUGCUGCCAGACCCUGAUUUGGCUUUGUGGACUUUAAGCUGAGCUAAUAAACAUUCUGCCAUUGGAA